AUGGCCGCAACAUCCAUGGCCGCUGCCCUUGCAGCAUCUCUUCCAGCACCCUCUGCGGCCCCAGCAGCUCCGACUCCGACGUAUGAGGCCAUUCCAGCAUCCAUGUCAAAAGUCAUCGACAUCGAGGCUGAUAUUCCUCUCACAUGUGUACAGCUAGAUGGCAUGGUUGUGACGAAAAUAAUUAAACACGCACGAGAAGCUCCCUCCACGACUGCACAUGGCCUUUUGCUGGGACUUGAUCUGGACGGCACACUGGAGAUCUCUAAUUCAUUUCCACUACCCCACCAUGGUGGAGACGAGGCUGACAAAAAUACGAAAUCGAUUGCACGGCAUCAAGCCUCCAUGCUGCGUUCGUUGAAAGAGGUUCAGGCGGACGACAGUGUCGUAGGAUUUUAUCAAGCGACAACUCUGGGGGCCUUUUUCAAUCAAUCUCUAGUGGAUACGCAAGCUAUUCAUCAAGAGAAGCUCAGACACGGUGGUAUUGUGAUUGUGCAUGACCUAUCGCAAACAGCACGAGGUAAUGCAUCUUUCCGUGCAUACCGGUUAACGGCAGCCUUCUUGGAUGCAUACAAGAAGUCAAACUUUAGCACCACAAGUCUCAUUAGCCAUCGCUUAACGUUUUCGUCUAUUCUUGAGGAAGUGCCUCUCAAAAUCCGCACGAACCCACUACUGAGCUCGUUCCUUGGGACGUUGACGGAGUCAAGAAGGCCGACCUUGUCCCCUGACAGUACAGCCACGACGGCCACCGUAUCGGCGCUCGGCGCUUCGUUCUCCGUGCUUGAUCUGGGAAUAGCAGGUGUAACAAGGAACCUGGAGCAAAUUGUGGAGGCUGUGGACAGCUACCGGACCGAAGAGGGGAAUCUUUCAUACCUUUGCCGACAGAUCGCACGUGAGCGGGGGAAAGCUGAGAACUAUAUUGCGAAACGAAAAGAAGAAAAUCAAGGGCGGGUUGCGCAGGGAUUGGCGCCGCUACCAGAGGAAGAUGUAACAAGGUUGUUCAAGAUACCCCCGGAGCCAAGCCGGCUGGAGAGUUUGUUGCUGCUUGGACAGAUUGAUGCAUAUGGAAAGAGUUUGGCGAGGACGGCUAGCACUGGACUGGUGAAGAUGUACGCAACCAAAGCGAGCUCUGCUGUAUAG